AUGUCCCAACCCAAACAACCCCCAACCCUCCUUUUAUGCCCAGGCUCCUGGCACACCCCAACAAGCCUCACCCACCUCCAAACCGCCCUGCAGAGAGCCGGCUACCCAGCCCAAACAAUCGCCCACCCCACCAAUGGCGCCGACCCGCCCACCAAAACCCUCACCGACGACACCACCAACCUCCGCCAGACCCUCUCCCGCCUCAUCGACCAAGAAGGCAAAGACGUCGUGCUAAUCGCCCAUUCCUACGGCGGCCUUGUGAUCUCCAAUGCAGCCGAAGGAUUCGGGAGGCAAGAACGUGCCGAACAGGGUCUGCAGGGGGGCAUUGUACUCCUGAUUUAUAUGACUGCGUUUCUGGUACCCCGGGGGGAGAGCCUUUUUGGGGUAUUGGGGGAGUAUAGACCUGCGAAUAUGGUUUUGGAGGGUUCGUAUUGCCGGGCAACCUCCGCGAAAGAAUCUUUCUACCAUGACCUCUCGCCCGACAUGCUGGUGGAAGCGGAGGCGCAGCUGACGCAUAGCUGUAUUGGGGCGUAUACUGAGAGUGUCAAUUACGAGCUGGCGGAUAUCCCGUGUGCUUAUAUUUUCUGUGAGGAGGAUCGGGCGCUGGGGCUUCCGGUGCAGGAGAUGUUGGUUGACAUGAUGAGGAGCAGUGCGCCUUUUCCAGUCCGGACGGGGCGGUUGAGGGCGUCGCAUUCGCCGUUUUAUAGUAUGCCCAUGGAGACGGCGGAGGUUAUUGUGGGGUUUAUUAGAGAGGUGGAGGGGGUUUAG